AUAUUGCCAUGCCCAGUGACAACUGUGCCAAAGGAACACAGGACUCUUGCUCUAGCAAAACAAAUGUGACAAUCUACCACUGCAAAGACUGUGACAGCGACAUAUGCAAAUUAUCUGAUUAUGAAGGCUUUGAAAAAAUUGUUGAAACACAAAAUAAUGUGUUUUCAAAUGAAAAAAUUCAGUUGGUGACCAGUAAAACACAUAUCAGUAUAUGCUUUCAGGAAGAUCCUAAAGGACUUUAUGCCAUCGUGUGGGAGAAAGACAGUGGAACAGGAGACUCGUGUGGCAUCCUGGAUUCUGGAGUUUUCUCAGAAAAUGUGAAUGGUAGCUUCACUGGAAUUUGCUGUGAAACAGAAACAAACCUCUCAGUGUCCAACCACCCCCUGAAGUGUCAUAUUAAAAGACCAGGUGGAGGAAAUGAAAAGUCAACAGACAUUAUCAGUGUUUGGGAAGGACACUCCAUCAGCAUAACAUGCUCAAUGAAAGAUUCAGAAACUGAAGUGGGAACGUACUUGAUAGCUACCAUACAGCAGGUCAAUGUGCUGUAUGUUUCCAAGCUGAAUACUCAGUAUAUCUCUCCUGCUUUGGCUAAUCGCAUUGAGUAUGCAAAGGAAGGAACCAAUCUCAGGAUAACUCUGCACGAUGCACAGGAAUCUGAUUCCAAUAUCUACCUAUGCUCUACAUAUAUUAAAAGCAAAGGCCAUCAUAAAAAGCUGAAUGGGAAGACAACCAUAGUACUGGUGAAAGCUAAAACCAGUGGAGUUGUUGAACAGUCACCACUCUAUGUCAAUCCUCAGCAAGGCCAGUCUAUCAACAUUACCUGUGCACUGAAAAGCUCGUAUGAAGAUGAAGGGAUCUACUUGCUCAAGACUCACAUGCAGCAUGAGAGAGUGCUAUAUGUUUCACAUCAGAAUGCUUCAACUAUUCAUCCUGCGUUUGCUAAUCGCCUGGAAUAUUCAAGGGAAGAAAAGAAAAUCGUGAUAACUCUACACAACCUACAGAAAAAUGACAGUGAUAUUUAUGUGUGUGCUGUGGUGGUGAAAAAUUCCCCUUUCCUCUCAGCGAAUGGAAGUGGCACCUUUAUGCUGGUUAAAGAAGUGGAGCAGACAGGCUGCCGUCAUAGUUUCUGGGACAUCUAUAGUCUUAUCAUCAUGGUAGUGCUGCUGUUUUCUGCACUGGUGGGCUGCAUCUUGUACCGUGUCGAUAUGAAGAAAUAUUUCCAGAAAAGAAAAAAUAAUACAGUAUAUGAAGAUAUGUCUUAUUGUUCUAGACGCAGCACCAUGGUCAGAAGCAAUGUUUACUUCACUGACAAUUAA